AUGUUCAGCUAUUUUUGUUAUCAAUUGUAAUACAUUAAUUUGAUAAUCUAAUUUUAGAAGAAUGAAUAAUCUGCAUUAUUCAUUUUUUCUCUAUUAAUAUUAAAUUUUUUAAUUGAUAAGUUAAUAAUAUUAUUAAUGAUUAUCCAAUAUAAGAUUGUGGCUAUAUACUUAUUCUUUGCUUUUGCAUUACCAAAUCUACUAAUUGAAGAUUUUAAUUCAUUAUAAUUUAGUUCUUUAGGCUGGAAAUGUCUACCAAACAAUUCUGACUGUAUAAUUUACCAUUGCUCCUAUGGUAUGGAUGUAGUUUAAUUGAGUAAAGAAUGUAAUAAGAUUGGAAAAACUAUUUAAAAUAUUCCACCCCAUUAUAGUAUUUAACUCUAUGUUGAUUUGAUUGCUUAUAAAUCUAUUGACUAGGAUGAAUAUGCCUUAAUUAGUGUAGAUAACGAUGAUAUUUACACAUAUUAUAAUUAAUAAGCAGGAUAUUUAUAAUAUGGCAAUUUAUGUUAAUCAAACAUUGACAAAUUUGCAAUGAUUACUUCUAUUACUGAGUUUCUUCAUUCAAGCACUUAAUUAUCAAUAUAAUUUUAUACUAAUUUAGAUGAAUUCUUCGAUAAUGAAGGUUAUCCUUUCAGAAAUUUAUAAAUUUAUUACAAAUAAUGCCAUUAUACAUGUAAAACAUGUACAAAUGAAGCUUAUAAUUCAUGUCUAAGUUGUUUCACAUUAAAUUCAUCACCUAUCCUCUAAUAAUGUUAAACUUGUAAAGAUUAAUAGAAUUUGAGAUUUUUAUUAUAAAUUCAAGGUUGUUUACAAGAAUGUCCAGAGGGUUAUAGUUAUGAUUAAGAACUUGUUUGUUAUAGAAACUUAAGUAAAAUUAUAAUUCUAAAUAGUGUUAUUAAAUCUUUUAAAUCUAAAUUAAAUUUAACCAAUGAUGUCAUAAGAACUUCAUCUAAACUCUAAUUUAAAUCUAGCUCCAAGAUUGCCUUUAAUAUGCAGUGUUACUGAAUAGUAUUUACCAUAUUACCAAGAUGAAAUUUUAUAUACAAUAUUAAAUUUACACAGUUCAGUUGUAAGCAUUAGACUAAGAGCUACAAUAAGCUUAUUUGGUUCAUGGAUGAAUGAUAAAGAUAUCUAGAUUAAAGUAAAUGGAUAAAUAAUAGAUUCUAUAAAUUUUAAUAAUUUAAUAGUUACAACAUAAAAUAGUGUAAUAUUAUAUUAAGAUUUAACUAUGUAAGUAUGUUCAACUUAAAGUAUGUAUUAAAUAAGAGUUGAAAUUAAUCAAAUCAUUAAUUAAUAGGUUUUAAAUCUAUCUUUUAAUGGAUAUAAUUUAGUUGAUCAAUUAUUAUCUUGGUCUAUUUCAGAUUUAGAUAUAGAAUAGUAAGUUUGUUCUCUGAAUUGCAAUUCAUGUUUUAAUAGAUUUAAUUGCAAUAUUUGUGUUUUACCAUUUUUAUUAUAUAAAGGUUAAUGUAUUUAAAGUUGUCCAUAAUUUUCAAGGAUGAUUAAUGCUUAAUGUAUUGAUUUGGAUGAAGAAUUAAUUGAUAUAGAAAAUUCAAAAAUAAAAUAUUUAGUUAAAGAGUUUUAUGAUGUUUAAACAACAUAAGAGAGAAUAAAUGAGUUAUUCUAAUUGGUUGAUAGUAGUAUUCAUAAUUUUGGAAAAGGAAAUAAUAUUUAUUUUUCAUAUGUUCCAGAUAAGAAAGUUUUUGGAGGAGCAUUAAUUUGGAUAGAUGCAAAAUUUAAAUUAGAAUUAGAGAUUCCAAAAUAUUAUUAUUAAGUGAGAAUUAAAUUUUAAGUUAUUUUGGGAGAUGAUUUUAAUCCUGGAAGUUUUGAAUACAAAAUUAAUAAUUAGAAUAAUAUAAUAUUAACAAGAUAAACAUUGAAUCCUAUAUAGGAUACAUAGAUUUGGGGUGAUAAUAUGCCAGAUUAUGUUCUUUAAGUUGAUUAAACAUUACAUAAUGAUGAAAUUAAUAAUAGAUAAUUGAUAAUAUUAUUAAAUUGUAAUAAUCCAACUAAAUAGAUAAAUUAAUCAUUUUGUGCUUUAUAAAAUUUAUUUAUUACAGCUGAAUUUUAUUGUACAAAAGAAUAUAGAUUUGAUAUAUUCAAUUAUUAGAAUGGUUUGAAUCCCUGUGUUCCAAUAUGUGGUGAUAGAUAUGUAGUUGAUUAAGAAUAGUGUGAUGAUGGAAAUCUUGAUCCAUUUGAUGGAUGUUUUAAUUGUCAAUAUUAAUGUUAAGAAUUUUGUUUAAAUUGUGUUUAUGGCAAAUGUUUAUUAAACUAGUAAGGAGAUGAUGAAAUUUAAAUAUUUUAUGAAAAUAUAGAAGUAAUUUAAGAAAUUGUCAUUUAUAAUGAUAAUUUUAGAAUUAAUUAUAAUGAGUGUUAAAUAGAAUGUUUAAUUUGUAAAGAUGGGAAUUGUUAUUAAUGUAUGGAAGGUUUUGUUCUUGAUUUAAUAACUUAGAAUUGUUAUUUAUUAAUUAAAGGUUGUAAUAAUGUACAAUCAUAUACUAAAGAGAUAUAACAUUAUGCUAAAAUGACUAUUUGUGAAAGUGAUAUACUUAGUUAUAAUAAAGAUCCAAAUUAUAUAUGUAUUAAUUGUUUAACUUUUGAAUAUUAGAGUUGUAAUAAUAAAUGUUCAUUUUGUUAUUAAGGUAAGUGUUUAAAAUGUUAAUCAGGAUAUACUCUUUAUGAAAAUCUAGAUUGUCUUUCUAUUUGUGGUGAUGGUCUUGUUAAUAAAGAUAAGUUAAGUAUUGAAAAUAAUGAGGAAUGUGAUAAUCCUGCAAAUGAAGGAUGUCAAAAUUGUAUGAUUUAAUCUGGUUAUAAAUGUAUUUAAGAAGAUUAUUCAUUUUGUUGGACUUGUGAUUAGAAAUGUUUGAAAUGUAUAAAUGAUAAUAAUCUAUUAUUAUGUUAAUAAUGUAUUGAUGGUUAUUAUGCUGUAAAUAGUUUUUGUUAUAUUUGUGAUGAUAAUUGUGUAACAUGUAGAGAUGAUUCAUCUUUAUGUACUUCAUGUUAUAGAGAUGAUUGUUAAAAAUGUGAAGAUAUUCCUGGUUUAUAUACAGAUCAUUAAAUUAAGAAAUGUACACCUAUAUGUGGAGAUGGUAUCAAAAUUUAAUUUUAUGAAUAAUGUGAUGAUGGUAAUAUAAUUGAUGGUGAUGGUUGUGAUUCAAAUUGUAAUUCUGAACUUGCAUAAGAUAAGUAUUCUUUUGGAAUUGAACGUCUAAAUGGAUUAUCUUCCAAUGAUUUAAACAUUAUUUAAGAUUCGAAUAUUCAAUUGAAUUGUUAGAAUAUGACAGUAGCUAUUGAAGGAUUCAAUUAGAAAGAGUUCAUCUAUAAUUCUACUACUAGUGAUAGUGGAUGUUAAAUUAAAUUUUAAUUUUACAAAUCAAUUCGUAAAAUCAAUUUAAUGCAUAUUUAUAUUGAAUUUCAAGAAAUUUAUACAAGAAUACUUAAUGAAUAAUAUUAAUAAUAUAAGGAAAUUUAAGUAAAUCCAGUUGAUUAAAUAGUUUUAGAUGAUAGUCAAUAAUCUUAAGCUGAUGCUAUCUCUGAUGCUUAAUCUAGUUUAUCUAUAUUAAUUUGGAUUCUUGCCCCACUUUCAAUUUUAUUUGGUUUAUUUGAUUAUUUAUGGGCUAUACUAGAAAUUCUUAGUUGGAUUAAUAAUUUCUACUUUUUUAAUGUUAAUUUUCCAUUCAAUGUUUAAGUCUUAUUCUUGAAUAGUGAUUGGUCAUCUAUAAUAAGUUUUCCAACUUAUUAAAAUUUGAAUUAACCAGGUUGUGACUAUUAUUUUGAAUCACCUCCAAGAUUUGCUGAAAAAGGAGUUGAUCCACUAUUUAUUAAUAAUGCUUAAGUUCCAGUCUUCUUUAUUUUUACCUCAAUUUUAUUAUAUUUAGUAAGUCUGUUAUUUAAAUAAUUAUUUAAAAUAAUAGAUAAAGUUUUAUAAAGAAAAAUCCCUAUACAUGGUCAUUCUACUUUUUCAAUUUAAAAAAAACAAGAUAUUCAAUUACAUAAUCAAGAUCCAUUUAAAUAUUAGAUUAAAUAUAAUAAGUAUUCCUCAUUUAUUUUUUAAAAGAUAAAAAUAAUAUCAAAUAGUUUUAAAAGUAGAAUUAAAUAAACAAUAACCUUAUGCUUAUUAGAUUUAACUAUGGCUAUAACACUUUAAUUAAUUUUUGCAAAACAAUUUUAACAUAGUAUGAUAUUAAUCAAUAACAUAUUGGCAUUAUUAUUUUGUCUCUUAUUAAUUUAUUAAUUAAGAUAAUCAUAUUAUGUAAUAGGUAUUCAUAAGAAUCUAGCUGAAUAUCCUCUUUUUAAAUAAAAAUAUGGAUGCUAUUAUGAGAAUAUAAACAUUGAAAAUUCUUUUGGACUUAAAUUUAAUUUCUUUGGACUCAUUCGAAAGAUAACUUAUAUAUUCUGUCUUGUUUAUUUUUACUAUAAUCCACUUAUAUAGACUACACUCUGUUUUAUAUCAUGCUCUUCUGGUGUUUUAUUACUUCUUUAUUCUAAUCCAUUUGAAAGUAAGGGACAUUUUUAUAAACAAUUAAUUUCAGAAUCAGGAUUGAGUCUGAUAACUUUUGUUACUAUUUUGCUUUCUAUUGAUGAUUUAUUAUAAAAGAUGGAAGAAUCAACUAAAAUAUAUUUAGGAUGGAUUAUAAUAUCAUUAGUUUUAAUUUGUGUAUUUUGUGAAAUCAUAACUUUAAUUGUUGAAAUUUUUAAAUUACUUUAUGAAAUAAUAAUUAGUAUGAUUAAAAUUCUACUAGAGAAACAUAAUAUCAUUAAAGAAAUUAGUAACAAAAAUGAAAUCUAACAAUGUAAUUUACCUGAAAUAGUAAAUAUAAAUAGACUAUCCUUCAAGUAGCAUGGUUAACUUCAUCAGUAUAUAAAAUGA